UCCCAUAGAAAAGCCCGAUCCAAAGUUCUUAUUCCGGGCUGAAUUGAUCUUCCACGGAGAAACCCUGCUUCUCGGUUAGCUUCAAAAUUUUACAGGGUUAGCUUCUCGGUCAGCAAUGGCUGACGUACCAAAUGCUCAAUCCCAAUGGGAAUUCAGCGGUGACCUUGAAGUGGAUUUUGGGUCUGAAGAAAAUGCUUCUAUAGUAUAUGCUGCCUUAGCUGUUGAUAAGGAGUUGCAACCGGACAAGGUAAAGCGACUUAUGACAGUUUCUAACGGAAAGCUUUCAGUGCACUUUGAGGCAACAGAAGCCAGAUUUCUUCGGGCAUCAUUCAGUGCUUUUGUGGAUGUGCUUACCCUUGCCACCCAAACAGUUGAAGAGUUUGGUCAAGGAAUGGAGUUGUGACAUGUACUUAGCACUUGUUGGCUCUUAUAUAUUGUAAUUCCAACUGUUUCAUAUCUGUCUUCUGUAAGAUUUUCUUAUAGUUUCAUCUGUACUUGUGAAGUCUAUUGUUAUAUUGAAUUUUUAGAGAUUGGCGAACCA